AUGAACAUAACCAUACCCAACGACUUCAUUUCCGACCGUAAACCCCUCGGAAGCAGUAAACUCCCACCACCACCAACCCGUACCAUCGCACCAGGCGACAAACUCCCUCCGGCACGACGCGCACACACCCCUUCAUCAGACGAAGAAUCCGGUGCAGAAGAGGGAGGCGAUGACCCACGCAUGCUCCUUCCGGACGCGAGUCGUGCUUCCCGUCGUCCACCCACCCUACGCACUCCAAAAAUGCACGUGCCUGCAUACGCGGCCCAAGUCCUAGUAGCUGGUACGCGCGUGCUCGUCGCUAGCCACCACCACUUGCGCUGCUUCGAUGUUGCACGGCACGUUGAUGUGCCGAUAUGGGUGGGAGAUACCAAGGAAAUGGGAGUGCGCGAUGCGAGAGUGACUGCGCUUGAGUUCCGGGCUGGGAGUGCGGGUAGUGUGGUAUGGGCUGGGACGAAGGAAGGUCAUUUGAUCGAACUCGCUAUGGAUUCAGGAGAGGUCAUCGGAUCAAAGUUCGGUGUCCAUGCGGGUGUCGUGACGCAUAUAUUCCGACACCGCAACGCAAUGGUCAGCGUAGACGAAAGCGGGAAAGUGCUCGUAUUCGAACCGACAGCUGUAUCUGGCUCCGAAGUUCCAAGUCUCACAUUUACUGCCCCACGCGUGUACCGCAUCGCAGAAAAACAAGAAUUCGUAAAGUUACUUGGGGGUCUUCUCUGGACGAGCUUACGCAGCGACACCAACGGCUCUGGACCUACUACAGUACCCAUAGUCAGGAUCUACGACGUCUUCGCCCCAGGCAGCAUCUCACGCACCGUGAGUGUCCUUCCGAACGCCACCCAUCACGUUGGCGCAGUCACAAGCGGCACGCUCCUCCAAUCACAUGCGGGGUUCGCCUAUCUCGGGCACGAGGGUGGAUUCAUCAGCAUCUGGAAUCUAGCUGCAGGACCCGAGUGCGCAGACGUAGUCAAAGUGAGUUCAUCGGACGUGCUGAGUCUCGAAGGCGUCGGGACGCGUUUGUGGGCUGGUGGACGCACGGGCGUUAUAUGCGCGUAUGACGUGUCAUUCCGCCCUUGGGUCGUGACGAACGCAUGGAACGCGCAUUCUGGAUUACCGGUCAUGCGUAUAUUCGUGGAUCCGUGGUCUAUCGAGAAGGAGGAGAAGUUGAGUGUGGUGAGUGUUGGUAGAGAUGAGCAGAUGAAGUUUUGGGAUGGCUUGUUGGGGAUUGAUUGGAUUGGCAACGAACUCUUGAAGCGUGAGCGUGAAUUCAGCACUUUCCGCACUAUCAACGUCCUCGUCGUUUCCUGGAACGUAGACGCUGCCAAACCUGACGCACUCACCGACGACUCGGCAAACCUCACCUUCCUAAACGACGCUCUCACGUCUGUCUCACCAGCACCUGACAUCAUCUCUUUUGGAUUCCAAGAGCUCAUCGACCUAGAAAGCCGCAAGAUGGCUGCAAAGACUGUAUUACUGGGCGGAAAGAAAAAAGGCGAGGAGGGCAAAAUAUCAGAGAAAGUGACUUCCAGUUAUAAGCGGUGGCAUGAUCGACUUGUAAAAGAGGUUCGAGCGCUUGCGGAGGGGUAUACGGUGAUACAUACCGAAAGUCUCGUCGGGCUUUUCACGUGCAUGUUCGUGAAGAACUCGGAGAGGGCUGCGCUGAAGAAUGUAGCGAUAACGACGAUCAAGCGGGGGAUGGGUGGGAGAUAUGGUAAUAAGGGAGGCAUCGUCGCACGGUUUGUAAUUGGUGAUUCGUCGAUUUGUUUCAUCAAUUGCCAUCUUGCGGCCGGGCAGCAUCACGUAAGACAGCGCAAUGCAGAUGUGACUGCGAUGUUGGAGGAAAAAUCUGUGUUUCCGUCGUCGGAUGCUAUUGAGGAGUCUCUUGCGUACGUCGGUGGGGGAGAUGGGUCCAUGGUUCUAGAUCACGAGAUUGUCUUCCUCAAUGGCGACCUCAACUAUCGCAUCGACCAACGCCGCGACGCCGUCAUCUCCUCCAUCCAAUCCGGCGACCUCGAAGCCCUGCACACCCAUGACCAACUCCUAAAAGAAAUGAAACACAACCGCGGAUUCCGUCUCCGCUCCUUCCACGAAGGACCUCUCACCUUCUCCCCCACCUACAAAUACGACCGCCGUUCCAACGAAUUCGACACGAGCGAGAAAAAACGGGUGCCGGCUUGGUGCGAUCGCGUGCUUUGGCGUUCGAGAGACCCGGAGCGCGUGAAGCAGCUGCAUUAUAAACGAUACGAGGCGAAUGUGAGCGAUCAUCGACCUGUGAGCGCUGCGUUUGCUAUGACUGUUAAGAGCGUGAGGUUGGAUGCGUGGGCGAAGGAGAAGGCGAUUGUGGAGGAGGAUUGGUUGGGGACGUUGGUGGAGCUGUUGGCUGAUGCGAGGGAAUUCUAUGUCGAGCAGGCUUUGAUAUAG